UGCGGCACAAGGUGUAAAAUGCUAAGGUAAGAUGUGGGAAAAUGAAUAAUGAAUGCUACGUGACAGCAUGGAAAGGAAAAUCGUGCUGUUUUGUUUGCCUUCCAGAUCUGCCAUAUUCUAGAACAAAAAAGUACAUUUUUGUAUUGGUUGGAACAGUAGUGGUGUACUUCACAGAACAAUCUGAAGGAAAAUUGAUAGAAUUGUAUAAUAUGGAACAACCUCAGCGGAGAAAUCUUUCAAAACAGCAUGGCAAUCUGCUACUUCUGGCGGUAGCCGUUCUCGCCCUUGCCUCGACGACGAAUGUGCAGGCUUUUUCGACACCUUCCUGGACCAAGAAAGCAGCAACAACAUCUCGGCUUCAUUCCUCUGUGGGCGUCACAAGCAAUGAUGCGUCCCUCUCUUCUGCCGUUGGAAUCAGCGAGAGAGCGUUCCGCCGAGAACUCGGCUCCCAAGAAAAUCUCAUGCUCCCCCGGCAAUACGGAGUAAAUGCCGACGUCGUCUUUCCCUCGAUGAAUCACGUUAGCUGCGCAACACUGACCAAAGACAGCGCCAUCCCUAGCGCCGCUGCUCUGAAGCACGCAAUUUCAAAAGUAAUGGAGGCCCACCCCCUACUGAGAGCGACGGUGGAAGGCGACGGUGAACCCGACGAGCGUAUCGACCUGUUCAAGAUGGUCCGCAAGGGUGACAAUCAGCCAUGCACGUUCGCAGCCAACGAAAGCGACCUAGAAGCCUGUGAUGUACUCAGGCUGAUCAACGUGGAAGGUGGAGCCGACGAGCUCGAGGCAAGCUGGAGGGCCUCCUUUGAGAGCGACCUCGACGACGGCAGCACCUGGUGCAACGUUCAGGGAAAGAGCACUCCGCUGUGGAAGCUCGAGCUCCAUCGAUCCUCGGGGGAUGGUGGUGCAGCGCUCUUGCUGUCCUUCAAUCACGCUAUUUCCGACCAGAGCAGCGCCAGCAAGCUGACGGACCAGAUCUUAGCGCUGGCCUCCGAUUAUGACCAGAACAAAAGCGAGGUUUCAAAAACCCCUGCGAAGCAGGCCAUCCCGCCCUCGUUGGAAGAAUCCGUCCUCGGAACCGGCAACCGCUUUAAGGAUAUCCAGGCUGGGGGCUUUGGACUCGGGACCAUCCGGUAUAUUGCCGGAAAGGCUCUUGAAGAAGCCAAAGCCCCUGUAAUUCUGCCAGACGAUGCCUUCAAUAGCCAGGGGGGCGGCCUGAUGGGGGCCCUUACGACCAUUUCGGGGAAUGCGGCUGGUGGUGACGACUCGAAGAGCGGGGAAAGGACUUCCGCCCUCGCCUUUCGAUCGCUCUCGAAAGAGACCACCGAACAACUCCUUGGGGCCUGUCGAAAGAACGGUGUCACAAUCACCAACGCUCUGUCAGCAGCGUCGACGUUGGUUGCCACGGACUUCGUAGGAAAUGAGGCUAGCAACAAGGAACGAAACUACAAGGUUUUGCAGUCGCUCGACAUGCGGCGUUUCGGUGCCCGCCUGGACAAGGGCGAAUCGGUCGGUUGCUUGGCCGGAAGCAUGGACCUUAUGCACGGGCCGUUGCCCGACGGCUCUGGCAGAGCCCUCCUAUUGGACCCAUCGAGCGAGAAGCUCGAUCGCUUUUGGGAGCUAGCCCGCGAGGGAAAGCAGCAAACCGAGAACUUUGUCGAUUCUGACGGGCCUGUACACGCCGUCCGGGUCUUUGACUUUGCCAUGACCAUCUCGGACCUGAACAACCUCGUCCACCUCACGGCCCAGUCGAAGGACAGCCAGGGACGGGCAUAUUCGGCCGGAUUCACCAAUGCCGGUGUCUACGAACGCCUCGAUGCAUUUGAACUAGAAGAAGAAGGAACGGCUAAAACCAGUGUGCGUUAUCUAUUUUUGUAUGGUGUUUGAGAAGGUACUGGGGAUGUCAUGGAAAUUCAUGGUAUUAUUUUGUGUUCUUAUUGUGUGGAUGCACUCACGUAGUUUCCUUCAUUCUUCUCUUUUCACAUGUUGUCCCUUCUGUUGGUUUUUUUGUUUCCUACCAUUCCAUCAUAGACGCAACAUGGAAAGUACAAGAUCGACGAUAUAUACUAUGCAGCCUCCAAUGCACGAAGCGGAAGCUUGUACCGAUUUUCGUGCAUUACCGUCAAUGGGGAAAUGAAAUUCACCUUCCACCCUGCAACGCCCAUUGUUUCAGAAGAAACGAACCAGAAAUUUGCCGAUGCACUCCUCGAUGUUCUCAGGGUAGUCAGUGGUAGUGAUGAGGAACUGGUAUCCAAAACUGCAACUGCAAACGACUCAUCACCCAGUGGAGGAGAUAACAACGGUAACGGCGACGGUCCAUUGGGAUUUUUGCCCAAGAAUUCACUGGUGCUGGCAGCGGCUGCUAUUGGAUCGGUGGCGGUGCUCUCUCACGCCGGAGCGUAUGCCGACUUUUAUUCCUCCAUCCAGGAAAUGAAGGCCAACGUCGAAGAUCCAGCUGAUUUUUCGGCUGCUCUCAACUUCUGGAUCUUCUUUGCCGUCGGCCACCCUAUCCUCCAGCCCAUUCUAUGGAUUUCGGACGUUCUCCACGGAAGCCCCGGCCCGAUGGUCGGUGACUUGGUGCCCCUUACGUUUAUUCUGGGCAACGUUGUGGCAAUUGCGGCCAUUACCUACAUUGCGGAAAUCCGAAACGCUGUCAAUGUCGCUGCUGUAUUUGCCUUCUUCGCCUACAUCGGAGCCGGAUUGGAUGGACAGGCCGGCAUGGGAGACUUCAAUCUGCAGAUCGAUGACAGCUAUAAGGGACAGAUUGUUAAGGGCUGUCCGGCGUAUGAAGAGGUCCGACAACCUAGUAUGAACGAUUUCGAUCUCGAGAAAUACCAGGGCCUUUGGUACGAGCAGAAAUUCCACGACUGGACGCAAUUUAAAGAAGUGUACGACACGACUCUAGACAUCAAGGUGCGUUUGAUCUAGUCUUAUUGCUGGUUGACUUUUGUUCUCUGUUCGACGGCAUGAUUCUUUUCUCUUUUCGAUUUUUUGGUUUCGUCCACUCUCAAUUGAGAUGACUUUUACUUUUCAUUGUUCGAAUCAGCUCACCGAUGGUGGCAGGGGAUGGAUCGACGACUUUGCCGUCAAGGGCCCUGCUCCCGACUCCGCUCCCCUCUCUUGGGACAAGUCCCCCGUCGCCAACGGAGCGCACUACUUCUUGUUUGGCCGUGUCGAUCCCAACGAUCCCAAGGGAAUCCUGCGCGAAAAGGGAUUCGGUGUGGAGUUCCCCAAUUACAUCGUGGACGUGAAAAAGGAUCCGGAAACCGGCGAAUACAAGGAGGCCAUCCAGUUCCAGUGCCUCGAACGCGGUGGGGUCCGCGUCUUUGAGGGCAUCAACUUUAUGUCCCGAAAUCCGACCAUGACCGACUCCGAGCUGGACGCCAUGCACAAGCGUGCCGAGCAGGCGGGCAUGUAUCCCUAUGGUGCCAGUCCCGAGCAGAUGCACCGGGUGGCGACGCGGCCAAUCGACGCGCCCCCGAUCGACAACAGCUGGCAGGCUAUGUGGCGGUUUAUCGGCGUCGACAAGCUCCUGGAGCUGCUUACCGAGUCUAUCGAGGACGGAGGAAGAUAAACCAAAGGAAAUGAUGUUGUGAUAAUUACGAAAUGAUUUGCGGCAAGAACUUGUUUUCCCAGUCUAGUGUAAACACCAAAAAAACUGCCAAAUGGUAUUACGGUGAUUAGGACGGGUGGAUGGUUACUAAAAUGAGAGUUUUGUG